AUGUACAGCGCACUUAAGACGCCGUCUUUUCUUCGUCCUGCCACUCGUCCUUCCUCCCCCGUCCUCACACCCGUUGACUCAACUAUGAGUCCCGACCGGGCUCCGCGUCCUCUCUCAAGACUCUCUCUAGCCACUUUCAGACGCCCCUCUCCUUCACCGGUGCCCGGACGUGCCCCCGCCACUACCGUACAGGACGGUUCGUACAUGGACGUGCUGAGUCUGAGGCUUAGUGAGGCUGUAUCGAAGGCACUUGCUCAGUCUAGCGGCCCAAGCGUACCGCAUGAGCUGCUGAAUGGGAGACGACCGAUCCCUGCAGGACGUGGACGCGCUCUAGGUGCCCUCAUUGCCCAGGAAGUAAAAGCCGUGCGUGAGAACCCGCAUCUGUACCGAGCAUUCCUUCGGAUCCUUCAACGACCUCUCUCGGUGCUCCUGUCGAACUUAUCCAGCGAUCUGCUGCCUUUGCUAUCAUCGUCAGUAUUCCAUGAUCCAAUCCCGCCGACGCCGCACAACCCUUCGCCCAAUGCGACACAGCUGCAUGCUUUAGGACUUGCUACGCUGGCGGGCGAGCUGCUCGAAACGUUUGACGGAUUGGGCUUGGGCCUGGAGACGGAUAUGAGAGGCGACGGGCUGAAGAAUAUCCGUGAAGGACUCGUGUCUGUAGUCAAGAGGGUUAUUGACCCGUUGAUGAACGGCAUCAAGAACGAAAUGGUGCCGCUCUUGGAGGCACUGGAGACCCCGUCUAAUGCGCCGAGCGUUUUGAAAGGCACCAGGUCUCCACUACCUCACCCGUCCAUCAUGGCCUUGCAGGGUCUGAUGCCAGUGUAUGCUCGAGGUCUAUCUCGCUACGUUACCUCGGCAACCGCAGACAACAGCCUUGCGUCUCUUCUCAUCUUGUUGGUUUGGCGGGGUCUCGUCGCUCUGUCCAACCGCCCUAUUCCUCUUCCCACCCCACCCUCGUCUCCCGUGCUCCCUCCGUCUGCAUAUGCAAAGGGGAAGGAGAGCAAGCGUCAAGGCCCUGUAUCUACCCAAAUUACUACGCUUACUACGCCUUCCGCGAGUAGGUUCACUCUCAAGCUGCCUCCCUCCCGUCCGGUUUCUCCGGGUACAACCGUCGCCAAAGGCAGCGCAGCCGCUGCUGAUGCUCGUGCGCUGUGCAACCUGCUUUACAUGCUCCCGCGUCCGUCUGCAGACAAGGAGACGACCCGUAUCGCCCGCGAGGCCGUGGACGAGGCCUUCGAUGCCCUGAGCGCUCUCACAGCGUUGCUCGAGUCAGUCCAAUCGCACGCUGCAGUUCUGCGUGGGCGACCUGGUAGCUCCAGUGUGAGCAGCCUCGCGGAAUUUGAAGCGGACCUGGAGGUGGUCACUGCCGACCUUCCGAUGCUCAUUGCGUUGCCUGUUCUCUUACGCACGCUAUUGCCGACAACUGGCGAUGGGGUUCCCAUUCGGGAGCGUACCGUCGCUUCUAUGCUCGGCCUGUCGGAGACGGAGUACCGCAAGGGUUGCUUGAGUGGCUUCGGCCGCGCUGAGGAGUGCGAGGUGGCGGUUGGUCAGCGCGUGCUCGACGUGCUCCAGGCUGAGGCGCUCUCCAACGCAGUAGAAGCGGGUACAUCGGAGAGAAUGGCAGUGCUCGUCAAGUGGCUUAAGAGCCAAAUCGCCGCCGCGAUGGACCAGCAUUGA